AUGGAAUCACCAGAGACCUUUGUUGAUCCGAGACUAGUUCGUGUUAGACGUCAUCCAUAUCGUCAUAAUGUUUCCAGCGACUUCAAUGAUAUCACCAUUGAUUUAAAGCGAUAUUCUCGCCGUCGACUUGGUUUCUGGAUUAUUCUUGGAACUGCUUUAACACUUGUUUUGGCUGCCAUUAUUAUUGCUAUACUUCUUACCACGUUACGUAAAGCAACACUUGUCGGAUGGGAUAAAUGGUGUUCAAGUUCAUGUAAUGGUGGUACUGAAGGAACUGUAGUUAGUAGUAGUUGUCGAACAACAGGCAAUUGCUACAGAAGUGAAUGCCGUGGUGGUGGUGGUAGAGACUAUCUUCUUCAAAAGUUUUUGGCUGUAGUUGGCCAAAGUUAUACUAUUUCAUUCUGGUUUCAGCGAGCGAGCGUCAGUGCUGGAAACAAUCCGGCAAAAUUAUCUGUCGGCAUCAUCUAA